GGCUGCCAUCCCUCAUUUGCAUGGGGCGGUCCCGCGGCGGCGGCGCCCCGGAGCCCGCCCUAUCGGGAGCGGGGACACCGGAGCCCUCAUUUGCAUACAGGAAGUACAAAUAGCGGCGUGCGGCGGCGGCGCGGCCGGUGCCCAGCCGGCGUCAUGCCCGACCCGUCGCGCUCGGCGCCCGCGCCCAAGAAGGGCUCCAAGAAGGCCAUCAGCAAGGCGCAGAAGAAGGACGGCCGCAAGCGCAAGCGCGGCCGCAAGGAGAGCUACUCCAUCUACGUGUACAAGGUGCUCAAGCAGGUGCACCCCGACACGGGCAUCUCGUCCAAGGCCAUGGGCAUCAUGAACUCCUUCGUCAACGACAUCUUCGAGCGCAUCGCGGGCGAGGCGUCCCGCCUGGCGCACUACAACAAGCGCUCGACCAUCACCUCGCGGGAGGUGCAGACGGCCGUGCGCCUGCUGCUGCCCGGCGAGCUGGCCAAGCACGCCGUGUCCGAGGGCACCAAGGCCGUCACCAAGUACACCAGCUCCAAGUGAGCGCGCCGCGGCGCCCGCAACCAAAGGCUCUUUUCAGAGCCACCCACACGGCCGAGGAAGGGGCUGAACACGGUCUCACGACGCCCGAACGGCGGGUCCGAGGAGACAAUGGGCGAGGGGCCUUGUGCGAUUCCAGCGCCCCCCCCCCCCCGCCCCGCGCCUCCCUCGUCUCGUGGGUGACGCCCCGGUGAUGUCACCCAGCACCACUGGUCACGCGCCGGCGCUGCAUCCCUUCCCGCAUCAUGUUUUGCCCCAGAAAAGCAGAUUUACUGGGUCUAGGAGCUCGAAAGAGAGGCACAGGGAGGAGUAGGCUCUGGCCCCGCCCCUGCUGCAGAUUUAGUAGAGGUCAGUUUAAGAUGAAACUACGUUUUUCUGUACUAACGGGCUUCCUUCUCCAGCAACAUCCUCGGGCGGAAUUGGGCACUCAUUGGGAGACAAGUUGGGUAAGGGAAAGAAAGCACAUCUAGCCUUUUUGUGAUCUUUUUUCUUUUGCCCUAUUUUGGGGCAGGGAGCCCCUGCCUAGUAAUUCUCUCUUGAGAGGUUCAACAAGAGGGCCCAAUUCACCCUUUCAUUUGUAAAUAGGAUUUUACAACAUAUGCUGAUGGAGGUUGUAGACAGUGCAGUGGGGAAGGCACUUGCCUGCUUGCAAAUGACCUGGGUUCUAUCUCCAGCACCACAAAUAAGCCCCUGAGCCCUGACUAGAGUGAUCACUAAGCACAGAGCCAGGAGUCAGUCCUGAGCAUGGCCAGGUGUGGGCCCUGAACCGAAAUAGUUAAAACUUCUGGGUCAUAGAGUACAGGGGUUAAGAUAGUAUAGGCGCUGACCUUGAUGCAGCUGACCCUGGAUCAGUGUCUGGCAUAGCCAGAUGGGACCACACACAUUGGUGCUACUCUUGGUUCAGUGCUCAGGGGACCAUACAGUGCCAGCAUUGAACCUGGGCCUUCAAGCAGUCAGAGCCUGUGACCCAGUCUGUUGAGCAAUCUCUGGCCUCAACAAUGAGGUAUGAGGCAUUUUACAUGAUUUUUUUUUUUUUUGGUGUGGGUACAACUAACAGUGCUUGGGGCUUACUGCUGGCUCUGCACUCAGCUCAGGGAUCACUCCUGGUGGACUCUGGGACCAUAUGGGGUGCUGGGGAUCAAACUCAGGUCAGCUGUGUACCAGGCAAGUAAGUGCCCUACCUGCUAGACUAUCUCUCGGGCCUCUUGGCUGCAAUUUUUUUUGGGUCACACCUGGCAGUGCUCAGGGGUUACUUCUGGCUCUGCACCCAGCAGUUACUCCUGGUGGUGCUCAGGGGAUUGUAGGGGAUGCUGAGGAUUAACCUGGGUCAGCUGCAUACAAAACAAGCUCCCUACCCACUAUACUAUCUUUCCAGCCCCGUUGGCUGCAAAUCUUUGGUCAUAUGUUAAUUAUGGAGUAAAGCAAAGAUUUUGAAGGGAAAGCUGUCUUUUUUUUUUUUUGCUUUUGGGUUGCACCUGGCUCUGCACUCAGGAAUUACUCCUGGCGGUGCUCAGGGGACCAUAUGGGAUGCUGGGAAUCGAACCUAGGUUGGCUGUGUGCAAGGCAA